AUGUCAACAUUAACUCAAUUACCCCCUCCCCACCCUCAACAAAAUCCCUCCCUUUUUAAUCUCAUUUUCCCUUACUUUUCCUCAGCAGUCUCUUUCUUUCUCUCUGUGUCUCGCUUUCACGGUAUCAUAUCUCUUUUGCUAAUCAAGCCAAUUCAAGAACACCUAUUUUUUUUCCUUUUUGCUACCCAAAUGCUAGCCGUCUACCCGAGCAAUCAGCUGCUAAAUCCAAUCUGCGAAUUUUUAUUGCUGGCUAUCUAUCUAUCUAUCUAUCUAUCUAUCUAUCUAUCUGCGUGUUCUUCCUUUCUUCAUAUCUAUCUAUCUAUCUCUCAAUUUUCCCUUUAUAUCUCUAUUUCAAAAUAUUGUCUGUUUAUAUCUAUCUAUCUAUCUAUCUAUCUAUCUAUCUAUCUCAACUCUUUCAAAAGCCUCUGUCAAAAGCCACUUUCAAAAAUCACUAUCGAAAGCCUCUUUCAAAAGCCGUUCUCAAAAGCCUCUUUCAAGAGCCUCUUUCAAAAGCCUCUGCCAAAAGCCUCUUUCAAAAACGUCUAUCAAAUAUGUUUUUCAAGAGACUCUCUUAAAAGCCCCUUGCAAAAGCCUCACUCAAAAUCCUCUCUCAAAAGCCCCUUUCAAAAACCUCUCUCAAGAGCUUCUUUCAAAAGCCUCUCUUAA